UGACUUGUAAUGUUAAUAUUGAUAAUGAAGUUUGUUAAGCUGUAUGUCAAUGUUUUGUAGAAUACAUAGUUUUAACCCCAUGAAUAUAAGAAUUCUUUUUAGGGGGCUCCAUCUAACAUCUUUAGAGGUAAGAGCUCUAACAAAAUACUCAUCACUAUACUGAUAUUGAUGGCUUUGCCCUAAUGAGAAAAUGUUCUGUCCUGCCAUUAAUAAAUCAGGCAAAAGUAUUAUCCUUCUAAUGUAAUCAGUGAUGUUGUCUAGCUACAAAAACGUGGAAUCUUUCACUAACUCAACUGAAGCUCCUGAAUUCAAAGUUCAAAUAAAUAUACCAAAUAUAUCUAGGAUCCAAAGUAAUCAUAACACAAAGUUUUAUACUAAAACAAAACAGAAGAAUGAAAACUGAUACUCUUAUUAGACUCUGAAUCAUUGAUUGAUAUCUUGUGAAACAGACAGGAAAUAUAAUUAGAUGCCAAAUAUAUUUGAAGUUCAGAAUUUCAGUUGUAGCAUUUUAUUUGUUUUCUUACAGAACUGAUUGUAUACAUUCAAAUUUGAAAACAUAUUUCAUUUCCUUCUAUCAUAAUAAUCGACAUUAGAACACAUAAAGGUCCACUUACCACCUAUGAGGUAAGAGUAAUAUGAACCGUCGAUGCAAAAUACAUGGUUUGGAAAGAGUUGGUGUACCGUAAAAAAUCCUUUGAAUAAUUAACUUUUGAUUGCAAGGCAAAAAACAGCAAAUGGUAGUUGCAAGAUUUUGUGUUUGCUAAUGGACUUGAUGUUCCCGGUGUUGUUUCAGGAACCUGAAUCAGAAUUAUUUGACUGGUGCCAUCCCAUCAUUCAUUGGAAAAUUUGCUUCCAUGAAAUAUUUGGGCUUGGGUUUCAAUCCACUGUCUGGACAACUUCCGAAGGAACUUGGGAACCUCACCAAUCUCCUCUCACUGGGCAUUAGCCUGGACAACUUUACUGGUGAACUUCCUGAAGAACUGGGCAACUUGACCAAACUUGAGCAGUUGUACAUUGAUAGUUCUGGAUUCAGCGGCCCGUUUCCUUCGACGAUCUCCAAGCUUAAGAACCUGAAGUACUUGAAAGCGUCAGAUAAUGAAUUCACAGGGAAAUUACCGGAUUACUUGGGGAGCUUGACUGAAUUGGAAGAUCUGGCUUUCCAAGGAAAUUCUUUUGAAGGGCCAAUUCCUGCAAGUUUGUCCAAUCUGACCAAACUAACAAACUUACGGAUUGGUGAUAUUGUAAAUGGGAGUUCUUCACUGGGAUUUAUCAGUAAUCUGACAUCUUUGACCAACUUAGUAUUAAGGAACUGCAGGAUAUCGGAAAACCUUGAAACAGUAGAUUUUUCGAAGUUUGCAGCGUUAACCAUGCUGGACUUGAGUUUUAACAAUAUUACAGGCCAAGUUCCUCAGUCCAUCCUGAAUCUAGGAAUGCUUCAAUUCCUGUUUCUUGGGAACAAUAGCCUCAUAGGAACUUUGCCUGAUGUUAUAAGCUCUUCUUUAAAAGUGAUAGAUUUUUCCUACAAUCAUCUCACCGGAACCUCUCCUUCUUGGGCUACCCAGAAUAAUUUGCAAUUGAAUUUGGUGGCAAACAACAUUGUUCUUGGUAGCACCAAAAACAGUAUACCUUCCGGACUAAACUGCCUCCAACAAGACACUCCUUGUUUCCGUGGAUCUCCCAAAUAUUAUUCGUUUGCGGUUGACUGCGGCAGUGAUAUAUCUACUAGGGGCUCAGAUAAUACCAUAUAUGAAGCAGAUGCUACAAACCUUGGGGAUGCAUCAUAUUAUGUUACUGAUCAAAUAAGAUGGGGUGUCAGCAAUGUUGGAUACUUUUACCAAGCCACGGAUAGAAUGGACAUAAUAUAUAGCUCUGAGCAUUUUCAGACUGCAGUCGACUCAAAAUUGUUCGAGACUGCAAGGAUGUCACCAUCUUCACUGAGAUAUUAUGGGCUUGGACUUGAGAAUGGAAAUUACACUGUUAUGCUUCAAUUCGCAGAGUUUGCUUUUCCAGACACGCAAACUUGGCUAAGCUUAGGAAGGAGAAUUUUUGACAUAUAUGUCCAGGGUGCUCUGAAAGAAAAGAAUUUCGAUAUAAGGAAGACAGCUGGUGGAAAAUCUUUUACCGCAAUUAACAGGACUUACACGGCAACCGUGUUAAAAAACUUCCUCGAGAUCCAUCUCUUCUGGGCUGGCAAGGGCACUUCUGGCAUACCUACCCAAGGUUACUACGGACCGAUGAUCUCAGCAUUAAGCGUCACUCCAAAUUUUACUCCAACUGUGCGAAAUGGUGUACCAAAAAAGGGAAGCAAAGCAGGUGAAAUUGCUGGAAUAUUGACUGGCGCUUCAGUUUUAGGAUUAGCAGGCUUAUUUGGAAUAUUUAUGUGGAUAAAGAAGCGAAGAACAAUGGCAAAGCAGAAAGAAGAACUGUACAACCUGGUCGGACGACCUGAUGUCUUCAGUAACUCUGAACUCAAGCUAGCCACAGACAAUUUUAAUUCUCAAAACAUUAUCGGGGAAGGCGGAUACGGGCCAGUGUAUAAGGGUAAGCUACCCGAUGGAAGAGUUAUAGCUGUGAAACAACUUUCUGAAUCAUCUCAUCAAGGCAAAAGCCAAUUUGUUACGGAGGUUGCAACAAUUUCUGCUGUGCAACACCGGAAUCUUGUGAAACUGCAUGGAUGUUGCAUUGACAGCAACACACCAUUGUUGGUUUAUGAGUACCUUGAAAAUGGAAGCCUGGAUCAAGCAAUCUUUGGACAUAGUAGCUUAAAUCUAGACUGGGCAAUGCGCUUCGAGAUCAUUUUAGGCAUUGCAAGAGGCCUAAGUUAUCUUCAUGAGGAGUCGAGUGUAUGCAUCGUGCAUAGGGACAUCAAAGCCAGCAACAUACUACUUGACACUGAUCUGAUCCCAAAGAUCUCUGACUUUGGACUCGCCAAGCUCUAUGAUGAGAAGCAAACUCAUGUGAGCACGGGAAUUGCAGGCACAUUUGGCUAUCUGGCUCCUGAGUAUGCAAUGAGAGGUCAUUUGACACAAAAGGCUGAUGUUUUUGCAUUUGGGGUGGUUAUGUUGGAGACAGUUGCUGGUCGAUCAAACACUAAUAACUCUCUCGAAGAAAGCAAGAUCAAUCUCCUUGAAUGGGCCUGGGACCAGUAUGAAAAGGAGCAAGCUCUCAGAAUCCUUGACCCAAAUCUCAAGGGAUUCAACAAGGAUGAAGCUUUUAGAGUCAUCCGUGUUGCGCUGCACUGCACGCAGGGCUCACCACAUCAGCGACCACCAAUGUCGAAGGUCGUGGCAAUGCUCACCGGAGAAGUUGAGGUACCUAAGGUGGUCACAAAGCCAAGCUACAUCACUGAGUGGCAAAUGAUGGACGGUAAUAGAAGCUAUGUCACCAGCAGCUACUCAGGGUCUACCACCCAUGAGUUCGGCAGGCAGAACGAGAUCGAACCUCUGCAGCAAUCACCACCUAUAAUCAAAGCGGGAAGGUGAAUGCAAAGUUGAAUUGUGCAGAUGGUCGAUUUUGGGUUGAUGUGACAAUAUUGAAUACUGCUCGUUCUUACUUACAUAUAUAGUUGCAUGCUGAUGUUAGUGGUAUUUGGAUAUUUAUAGAUAUUUCAGGAACAAAGCUGUAAUAAGUUUAAACUGUAAUAAGGGGCGACCCAAUAGUGUCAUAAGAAACAAAACUUCAUGGAAUAAAUGGUUGACACAUGAGGCAAUGAGGUGGACAAUUA